AUGGUUAUAACAAAGGAAGUCAACCUUCCCGAGUUCUCAGUCCUGAAUGUCCCUGAAGUGGAUUUAUCAUCAGCAACGCUGAUGAGCGCAGCGCACCAUUUAGGAAAGGACUGUGAAAAUAUCAACAACGAGUUUAUGCUAUGCCGUAUGGAAUCUCGGGACCCGCGAGCUUGCCUGCAUCUCGGUAAGCAAGUCACAGACUGUACGAUGCAAUUCUUUAAGAAAGUGAAAAGCAAAUGUCAGCAUGAGUUCAACCAAUACGCUCACUGCAUAGACAAAAGCUCCGGUGAUUAUUCUUUCAAGAAAUGCCGUAAAACACAAGCUGUUUUUGAUAAAUGCAUGGAGGAAAAGUUGUGUAUGGUGAGGCCGGAUUUUGGUUAUUUCUGUCGGGCUCGGGUGCACGAGAGCAAGACGACACCACCGCCUCCUGAUCCUUGUCCGUGUCAUUCAAAAGUGCAAGACCCAACGCCAUCACUUCCCGAUUGUAAACCUCGUCCACCGCCGAGAUUUAGCAGCCGAUACUAUUGGAUGACAGAGUGA